AUGGAGCUGGGCAGUUGGCGUGGUUCCGAGGAGAGCAGCAUGGUUCGGAGGCCUGGAAUGUGCACGAGAAGCCCCGUUUACCGUGUGCGUUCCUUCUUGCCACGGACAGAUGUCGAAACCCUUUGCGAUUUCCUGGCCGGAGCGGACGACUAUGACAUCGACUCUGACUCGGUGGAUGCACAGCCCACCUUUGAGUUUUAUCCCUUCCAGAAGGGCCAGUGGUGCAACGAUGCUUUGCGGACAUUGCUUGCGGACUUUGUUGAGAACAGGCUGCUGCCGUAUGUGCGGCAGCGGUAUGGUUUGGAGACCAUUGCACUUUCAGAAAUCCUGGUCCGCAGAUAUCUCCCCAAGGAGAGGCGCACGCAUGCGGCGCACUACGAUGGCCACGCUUUCGCCACGGCGGUGCUGGGCCUCACGGAGCCUUCGGAAUACCAAGGAGGCCUCUACCUGCAGCCUGGGCCCCAUGUCUCCACCCGGAGAAUUGUUCGCCUGGAUCCAGGAGAUCUCUUUGUGCACUCUUUCAACCUGCAACACGGUGUGGAGGUGGCUCAAGGCAGCCGCUAUAGCUUGAUCUUCUGGCUCAAGGACUCCCCGAUGGCGGUGGCAGAGGGCACCACCCCGUGGUAUGCCGCGGGAGCCUUUGGAGCCUUUGGAGCCCAGGAUGCCGACGCAUUGUACAACCUUGGGGUGCAGCACCAGCUGGGCCUACAUGGGAAGGAUGUGGACCCGGCAAAGGCCCUCGAAGCCUACCUGUGCAGUGCUGAGCUUGGCCACCACUUCUCCCAGAACAACCUGGCUCUCCUUUACCAAGAGUAUCCGGAGCUGGCCUCCGAAGGCUGCGGGACUGCGAUGACCUGGAUGCGCCGCGCCGCUGAGUCGGGGUUCGCUGUGGCACAGAAGAAUCUGGGCACGAUGCUAAUGGAUCUAGAGGAGGGAAAUUCAGUGGUUGCCGCGGAGUCACACCAGUGGCUGCGGCGAGCAGCGGCGCAGCGUGAGCCUGAGGCGGCAUUCUUCCUGGGGGAAAUUUACCGCCAAGGGCUCGGCGUACCCCCGGACCGAUCUGAAGCGGAGAGCUGGUAUCGGGCGAGUGCGGAGCUGGGAUGCCCCCGGGCAUUCACAGAGCUGGGCAUGCUGGACUAUGAGAGUGGCUGCUUCGCCGAUGCUGAGCGUCAGUUUGAGGCGGCAGUGCAUGGCGGCGACGUGGAGGCCUGGGGAUAUCUGGCAACAGUGCGGAUGUGCUUGGGCAAAUGCAGCAGCGCUGUGGCGAUUUGGAAGCAUCUGGCCGCGCAUGGGGAUGCCGAGGCCCAGUUUCACCUCGGGACUUGUUUUUUACGCGGCAGCGGUGUCGGAAUGGACAAGCAGAAGGCGCUGCAACACCUGGAGACCUCGUGUGCAGCUGGCAAUGAGAGGGCGAAAGCGCUGCUGCGGGAGCUCGAGGGAGAUCGAAAACAGAAUGGUUUGGUCAGGUCGGCCAACAUGAAACGAGAAGUAAAGGGGAAGGGCUCGGAGGGAUGGAAGGCACAGUCGGACAACAAAGUCGGCAUCGCCCAGGCUGCACAGGAACUGUCAGACGAGCUCUCCGAAAUAGAGUCGGCUAUUGACGAGGAUGCCGAUCCGAGCUACUCAGAGGACUUUGCCGACGGGACGGGCACAGGAACCCUGGACCGGAGCGAGCCCAGGCAGAGUGUCGCUGCCUCGCCCCUCGCUUCUCCCCGCAGCCGGACCUCGGAGAAGGACGCCAGCUACUCAGAAGACUUUGCGGAGGCCACGCUCGAGGCCACCUUGGAGGAAGCUUUGCCAUCGGCAGAGGUCCAGCACCCGGCUUUGAACAGGCGGCAGGAGAUCGCUUUACGCCAGCAGGCCGAUGCAAAGAGGACAGUGAUCGUGCCUGCGGUUUCCGACGAAGAUGACAUUGAAGAAGAGGAUAUUCCGGAAGGUGGAGACUUCAGUGAAGACGACCUCGAGGCCUCCGGCUCAAUGUACGAUCCCGAGGCUAGGCGCAGAGAGAUGGAGAAAGAGGCACAGAGGCAAGAGGAGGAGGAGCGACUUCGCAAGGAACAGGAGCAAGCCGAACAGGCGCGCAAGCAGCGGGAGAUCGAUGAGGCCAACCGCCGACUGGCGGCGGAAAGGAAGCGCAAACUCGAGGAGGAGGAGGAGGCAAAAAGGCGCGUGGAGGAAGAAGCUUAUCGAAAGAAACAGGAGGAAGAGCUCCGCCGAGCUGAGGCUGCCCGGAAGGAGGAGGAGCAGCGCAGGAAGACUGAGGAGGAGGCCAGGAAGAGGGAGGAACAACGCCAGAAAGCUGAGGAAGAGGAGCGAAAGCAAGCCGAGGAGGAGAUCAGGAAACGGGAGGAGGAGGAGGAGCGAAAGAAAGCUGCAGAAGAGAGCAGGAAGAGGGAGGAGGAGCAGGGAAAGAAAGUCGAGGAGGAGAUGAGGAAACGGGAAGAGGAGGAGCGAAAGCAAGCCGCGGAAGAGAGCAGGAAAAGGGAGGAGGAGCAACGAGCGAAAGCCGAGGAGGAGAUGAGGAAACGGGAAGAGGAGGAGCGAAAGCAAGCCGCGGAAGAGAGCAGGAAAAGGGAGGAGGAGCAACGAGCGAAAGCCGAGGAGGAGAGGAGGAAACGGGAGGAGGAGGAGGAGGAACGAAAGAAAGCCGAGGAGGAAGCCAGGAAACGGCGCGACGAGGAGGAAGAACGCGGUGAAGCUGGUGAAGCUGCGGAGAUCAAGAGGAGAAAGCAGGAAGAUCCAGGACAGGCUGAGCCUGCCCCACUGGACGACGCUCGAAGUAAAGACCGGCUGGUAGCUUCGAGCACUUCGAGCACGUCGAGCACGUCGAAGGAAGGGGCACCGGCAUCACCGGCAUCCAAGAAGCUGUGUGAAGAGAACAGCAUUGCAGACGGUGCUAGGACUGCUAUGAGGGACCAGCCAGCCGGGCAAGCACGCGACAACAGUGAGCUGUUGAAGGGCACGGUUAAUGGCUUCGAGGACUCUCCUACCCGCCCUGGGUUGCGCCGCUUCUCUGGAGCUUGGAUUCAGACGGAGCUGGACCUUGCAAGUGCUCCGGUCGAUCAGGUAUAUGAGGGUGGGGAAAGCCAGGCAAGCCAUGUUGGCCCUGAGCUGCCGAAGCACCUUGGCUCUCCGCAGUGGGAUUCGAGGGAUGCUUGGUCGUCGCCUAAGCACAGGCAGAUGCAGUGGAAUCGCGAUUACCGAAGCCGCCAGAGAGACCAAACAGACCAGACGGAGGAGACAAACCAGAGGUGGUCGUGGGAGGCCAACUCUGGCCACACGGACUGGGAAGAGUGGCGACACGAUGAGCGAAAUGGAGACGAAAGCGGCGAAUGGCGAAGAAAGCGGCGAAAUGGGGAUUGGUGGGACUGGACCGACUCGACAUACUCGGCCGACUGGGCCGAACCGCGCCGCUCUGAGGACGUCCGUCUGCUGUUUGAGGCAAACGGACGCCAAGGAUGGGAGCGCUUCAGCGGACAAGAUGCCGCGACCUGGAGCCAAAGACGUUCUAGGGCCAUGUGGCAGGAACCGGAGGAACCGGAGAGCCCUGGCCAGCGUUGGCAUGGGAAGAGCCGGUCCGGGCAGGCAGACAGAGAAGGUCUCUGGAGCCAGCUCGAGGAGUUGGAUCGGGAGCGGGCGCACCGCAGCCCGAGCCACGCCUCCGGACUGUGGCAGCCUCCGCCACGUGCAUGGGAAUCACACUUCGCCGAUCUGCCCUCUGGGCACAGGCCGUCUGACAGGGUCUCGGCGCCACACCAGCCACCAGGCUUCUACGGCCACCCCACGCCCUUCGGCGUACUGUAUCCGUGGGGCUUUGCUGGCUACUCGGUCCCAGCACCAGGACCUUGGAAGCAGCCCAUCGUGGAUUCCUUGACCUUGUCGCCAACAGGCUCGCGCCCGGCUGCCAGCCCAAACACCCCCGGGCCUCCGCCGGCAGCCUCUGAUCGGCAGCUGGAGCCACGACCCAGGGCCUGGUCCGGGUUGGACAACGUUGAGCAACGUGCUCCGUUGCCCUCAGGAGCGACCACCGAUCCUUUGCCGGUUGAGGUGCCACCACCACCAGGGCCGAGCGUGUUGGAAACGACGCUGGCCCUCGGCUCUCGCGACCUGGACUUUCAGGAGUCCUUAGUUGGCUCCCUUGCGGCCGUCGUGGAUGAGAUGCUUCAGUUCAAGUACGGCUGCAGCAUUGACACCGUGGACUACCGGACCAAACUCCUGGGAUUUUGUGAUGCAACGCUUUGCUCCAUACCGCGCCUGGUGGAGUUUGCAAAUUCCCAAAAGGACUUCUUCGCACUCACUGCAUUCGCUGGCAACGACCCGGAGAACAACCGGGAGAUGCAGAUGCGACUGCGGCUGACGUGCCAAGAGCUUGCUUCCUUUGGUGACCUUUCUCAGAGGCUCCGGCUGCUGGCCGGUACCGCUAGCGCUGUGGUGAUCAUCUCCACCCGCGGCGGCUACGCUGUGCAGGCGCUGGCCGCAUUCCGCACAAGCUGCAGCGACGCGCGCUGUGCUGUGGGCCGCUGCCCCGCACGCGGCCGGGUCUUGGAGCACUUCUCUGCCGAGGAGUUCUGCAGCGCUGUGGCCCUGGAGCCCGUGAUCCUUUCCCAGGCACCUCUCGGCAGCGCCUUCGCAAGCGAUCCGCCGGCGCUGACAGAGGAGUUCCGGAACCUUCAGCAGCUGCUGGAGGGGCGCCAGGGCCCCUUAAGUCGUGUUGCAAAGCCGCUGUCUCCGCAGCUGCUGGCGGCGCUCCACGCCCGGGCGCCAAACGCUUUGGCGUUCCGGCAUGUGGCUGUUGCCUUGGCAAGCACUGAUGUGCAGCCAGAGGUGGUCGGAGAGCUUUUCCGCAGGUUGGUCGAGUGGUUUCGCAUCAAGUCCUUGUCUGCCGCACAGACGGCGCUGGCCGAGGCCCCGGCGCACGUGGCGCUGGUGGCUUGCCUUCGAAGGUCCGUGGAGAGGCACGACCUCUGCGAACUCGGCUGCCAGCUCCUUGCCCGUGCCGCACGGCACCACGUGGAGAACGCCGCCGCAUUCGUCAGAGCUGGUGCGCCUCAGCUUGUCUGCCAGAUACUGGGGAGGCACUUCGACUUCAAGGAGGUGCAGAGACAUGGGCUCCAGGCCAUCGCUAUCUUGGCCCACUACGGCGGCUGGAUGCCAAGAUUGGGAGCACGGCUCAUGGUAUCGGUGUUGGCCAUCAAGUUGGCUCCGUCCCGCUGCCGACAUGUUUUGCUGCCGACGCAGGAGCCCGGCAGACCUGACGCAGCGGCUGUCACCCAGCUCUGCGCCAGAGGUUGCGGCCCCUGCAACGAGUGCCCCACAGUCGACGGAAGGGAGGAUGUGCCCCAUCACAGGCCUGGAAGGCUCGCAGCCCAUUCAACAAGAAUCAAGAAUGUCAAGCCUGAGCAGAUGAAGAGUGUAGGGUAUAAGGCUUGGUCAGCCCAGACUUUAUGCUUCAAGCUCUAA